AAAUAGUGAAAGAAUUUUGUAACCUCUUUAAACUACGCGAAAUUAGUCUACUUUUUUGUGUAUAUAUUAAAUACAAAUUAUUUAAAAAUUUUUAUUUUCAUUUGAAAUACAACAGAAGAAUAAUUUUCAUCGUGCAGAAAUUUAAACUUCAUAUUUGUUAAUACUAUUAUUCUAUUUUACGUAUUUGUAAAUAUUUACACACUCAUCUUGAUAAUUUGGUUAUAGACGUGUUUUAUUGGUAAUCAUGGUUGCCCGAAUAUUCCUAAAACGUUGGCCAUCAGUGUGUUAUUUUUUUCAUAAACAAUACAUAGUACAAAAUAGAAUUAAAAGCUUACGGAAUAUUGGUGCUGGUAUCUUUACUAGUAUCAUAGUAUAUAGUAUUUCAAAUAUUACAGUUUUUGCAGCUCAAAAUGAAUUAAAUAUUAAACAAUUCAUGGCAGAACCGAUUACUGACAUAAAAGAACUGAGAAAGAAAAAUAAUAUGAGAAAAAAGAUGGAAUUAUUAGUGAUGAAAACUCAGGCAGAUUUUUGUAAAGCUUUAGAAUCCUUAGAAGAUUCAGAUCACCGUUUUAGAGUUGAUAGGUGGACUAGAAAAGAAGGUGGCGGGGGAAUUAGUUGUGUCUUAGAGGAUGGUGUUGUUUUUGAAAAAGCUGGUGUAAAUGUAUCUGUUGUAACUGGUUCAUUGUCACCAGCUGCAGUACAGCAAAUGAGAGCACGUGGGAAAAAGAUGCAACAAGAGUCUGUCCCAUUUUUUGCAGCUGGUGUAAGUGCUGUAAUUCACCCACGUAAUCCGAUGGUUCCAACAAUACAUUUCAAUUAUCGCUACUUUGAAGUAGAAAAUGAAGACGGUUCAACUCAAUGGUGGUUUGGAGGGGGUACUGAUCUUACACCUUAUUAUUUAAAUGAAGAUGAUGUAAAACAUUUUCACAGUACUUUAAAAACUGCAUGUGAUAAACAUGAUCCAUCUUAUUAUCCAAAAUAUAAAAAAUGGUGUGAUGAAUACUUCUUUAUUACACACAGAGGAGAAUGUAGAGGAGUAGGUGGUAUCUUUUUUGAUGAUGUUGAUACACCAAGUCAAGAUGAAGCAUUUCAGUUUGUAAAAUCAUGUGCAGAAGCUGUUAUUCCAUCUUAUAUUCCUUUAGUUGAAAUGCAUAAAGAUGAUCCAUAUGGCUAUCAUGAAAGACAAUGGCAAUUAUUGCGUAGAGGAAGAUAUGUUGAAUUUAAUUUAAUAUAUGAUCGUGGUACCAAAUUUGGUUUAUAUACUCCGGGUGCACGAUAUGAAAGUAUAUUAAUGUCUUUACCUUUAUCUGCAAAGUGGCAAUACAUGCAUGAACCAAAACAGGGUUCAAAGGAAGCAAAACUUCUUGAUAUAUUGAAGAAUCCUAAAGAUUGGUUACACUAAUAGAAAUAACAUUUCAUUAGUUAUUAAAAUUACCAUUAUAUAAAAUUUAUGAAUUACAAUGAUUAUAAUUUAUUGAAUUAAUGAAUUUAUUUGCUUUUUUCAUCUUUUCCCUUUUCCAUUUACAUAAAGGGGAAGUAAAUUAGGUACAGGAUACAAUCGUAUUUAAGGAAUGAAAUGUAUAAACUACAUAUCUUUAUGUAUGUAAAAACUUCAUCUAAUAUUGAUUUCACAUUUUACAAAAUACAUACAUUUUAUAAAACAUUUUUUAUAAACACUAUAAACAUAAGAAAACAUUGUAUAAAAAAGUAAUGUCCUUGUAUAAUACAACUGUAUGUGAUGCAGGUGCUCAUA